AAAUAAUUAAAAUUAAUUUUUAAAAAAGUUUUAAAUUACAUUUCUUAACCAAAGUUAAGUGGAUUACAAAGGUUUUAACCUGUACUCUGGAUUUAAAGAUAUAAGAACUUUUUGAUUAAACACAACCACAUCGUUUAAAGUGUGUUUGUGUGUGUGGUGGAUUUGCUAUUAAAAUUGCACUUUCUCUCCCGGCAGCUCACUGAACUGGGGCAGUUUAAAUCAUUGAAGUUCAAAAGUUAAACGAUUUUACUAUCAAAACAACAAGAACUUUAAGUACAAAGUUAUAGUGCAACAAUACAGGAGUACCUACAUUAAGUGUGUUGCUGUUGCCACUAUACUAUUUGCCACCCCCUGCGGUGGCACUAUAAGUGUCGUACAACAAAACGCCACUACCACACACAGGAACUCCAUCAUCAUAGAGUCAUAACCCAAUUAUUAUCCCCGAAGGAGAGGAGUACGCUCUAUCAGCUGCAGAAGUACACAGUACACAGUAACAGCAACAGCAGGCACAAGUCGUUAGCUUUCAGGAUAACAAAGUUACACAAUAAUGUUUCGGAUGUUGUAAUUGACCACCCCUAUUCCGGAUAUUUAGUGUUAAUAGCCCAAGAGCCUGGGGUGGUUUUGGUUCCACAAUUGCAACAACAGCAACAUCAUCACCACCAGCACCAACAGAGACGAGGACAACAAUAUCGAAUAGAGAAUGUCACUUGGGUUAAAUUACUCAUCACAGCAACGAUCUUAUUCAAUGCAACAGUAGUAACUUCGGACAGAAUACUAACUCGAACAUCGAAUUCUAGUCAAGGUGCUUCUUCGGUGGUGGAGAAUAUCAUUAUCGCCGGCGGCGACAACAGCAUUACGACGACUGGGAUAAUUCCCGGAUAUUCGUCCUCCUCCGAUGGCGGCGGCGGAAUGGGUAUUUCCGGGGGUGGCGUCACCGCCGCCACUGCCGUCGAGGGUGGAUCUUCCAAUGUCACCUCAAAUGCAACCACAUCGCCGGAGAAUCACUUCAAUAGCACCAGUGAGAUGCCACAAAUUCCAUCAUACAUACGGACGACGUCAAUGUUCUUAUGCAUUUCAAUUAUGAUCUUAGGGGUCAUUGGCAAUGUAAUGGUGCCAAUAGUAAUAUUAAAAACAAAGGACAUGCGGAAUUCAACAAACAUAUUCCUAACAAAUCUCAGCAUAGCCGACCUGCUUGUGCUGCUUGUCUGUACGCCAACAGUAUUAGUCGAAGUGAACACACGUCCCGAAACAUGGGUUCUUGGCCAGGAAAUGUGUAAAGCAGUGCCAUUUGUUGAAUUGACUGUCGCCCAUGCGAGUGUCCUUACAAUUUUGGCGAUUUCAUUUGAAAGGUAUUAUGCCAUUUGUGAGCCACUCAAGGCCGGAUAUGUCUGCACAAAGACACGCGCCCUUCUCAUUUGUGUUUUCGCCUGGGGGGUGGCUGCUCUCUUUACCAGCCCAAUAUUGCUAAUAGCAUCAUACCAAAUGGAAACUUAUAUUGAUGGAUCUGAAGUCGCCGUUUGCCUCACAUCUGCCGACACUUUUUGGACAGCAUUUUAUUUCAUCGGAAGUAUCACGUUGUUCUUUCUGCUCCCGUUUGUCAUCCUUCUUAUAUUGUAUACCAUUAUUGCUUGGAAUCUGAUGGGUAAUCCCGGAGUAAUAAUACAACACCACAAUCAACCACAACCACCACCACUUCGAACAGCAGCAGAAGAAGCAAGGAAACCACAUCCGCAUCAACAUCAAAAUCAUCAUCAUCCCCCAAACCCACGCCUUCAUCCCCAUUCUCAUAGAACCAAUGUCCUGAAAUACCGCAAACAAGUGAUUUUCAUGCUUGUCGCCGUUGUGCUAAGCUUCUUCCUAUGUCUGCUGCCGUUUCGCGCCUUUACACUCUGGAUAAUCCUAAUGCCACCGGAAAGUAUUGUCGCCCUGGGAAUCGAAGGGUAUUACAAUCUUUUAUAUUUUUGCCGAAUUAUGUUGUACUUGAAUUCGGCACUGAACCCGAUUCUCUACAAUUUGAUGUCAUCAAAAUUCCGUAACGGGUUUCGAAGAUUGCUUGGAUGCCGCAAUCGUAGAAGUGUGGCUGUGAAAUCGAUGGAUGGCAUGCGAAAAGGUACUUUCCAUACGAAUUCUACAAAUCUCAGUACAUCUAGUUCGACGAGUAUGCGGAGGGAGGCAUUGCGAGUGAGUAGUAGUAUUCGAUCGCGAAGUGAAAGUUUAAAUGGGUCCUUUGAAGGAGAAGUCGAGGUUAUGAGGGACAAUAGCAGUAGUUCUGGCAAUGGAAUUCAAAUGAAUAUCUGCGAAGAUUCAGCUGGUGGUUGUGGUGGUUCGGUUGUAGUUGUUAAGAAGAAAACUGCAAGGAGGCAAAAGAGUUUUGAUGAUAUCGAUGAAAUGGAGGAGAUUGAAGAAGCCAUCACGAGCAACCAAUCUGCAUGUGAUGCCUGUUGAGAAGAUUAUCCAUGGUCCUGUCUGGUUGGAAGGAUUGGGAUCAUUGUUAUCAGCUGCAAUGGGUUAUAUCUACUCUUUUGGAAAGUGCCAAGUAUGUAUGUAAAACUCAAAUAUUUGAGAGGGAGAACUUCAAAAUGGAAUGUGCUGAAAUAAACGAAAAUGUUGUGCAAAUAUCUAAGACUGAAGGAAAAAAGGACUAAAACUGAAAAUGUAAAUGCGAAGCUUUCAAGUACGAGGACUUCAUACAAAUAGUAAAGAGAAAACAAUUUAUAUAUAUUUUUGAUGCAUCCAUUAGAUUGGCUGGCUAUGAGAUUAUGUAUAGAAUUAUAUCCUUAGGAAAAUCACAAUAAAUGUAAAUUUUUUUAGCUAAAUAUACAAUUAUAAAUAAAACGAAGGGAGAAAAAUAAAACAACAAAAUAAGAAAUGAGUGUGAAUAUAAAAUUGGUUUGUAUUUGCAUUUUUGUAAUUUGUGGAUUGGUUUUUGUUUUUAUUUUUGCGUAUUGACUUGAAGCUGGGUGAGUAUUAUUAUUUGAAAUUGAGGAAUGUUGAGAAUUUUUCAGUUUAAAGAAUAAAAAGAGACGAUUAAAGUAAGUAUAGUCAUCGUACCUUUGUUUGAAGUGGUGAAUAUGAAUUUAAGCUUUUUUUUAAAAAUAAGCAGUUACGAGUAUAUAUGUAAGUAUCUUUUU